AUGGCACCCAAACCAUUGGGAUCCGGGGACGAGCAGCACCAGGUGCAGCGACAGAAUGAUCGGCCUCCUCGCCCUUUGCUCGCCCCCAUAGUCCUCAAUACUUCCGGUUCUAGCGGUGGAAAGAGAGAGCCGAAUCCAAUACCCCACCCAUCACCCUCGCCAAUGUUGCGUAGCCAUUCUGUACCCGUCUCGCCGAUGAAAUUGGUGGAUAUGGAGCCUCCGCCGCCGAUUCCAGCUGCGAUUGAGGAACAGGGGUACCGGUCGCGUCCCUCAUCCCGGCAUUCCAUACGGUGGAAGGAUUGCUCCGAUGACGAAGGAGCUCAGUCUGAUGUCGGAGGUUACAAGACUCCGAGGAGACCAAGUUCUAUUACUACUGAAUCCACGACUGCUUGGGAGCUUUCGCCUGGCGGGGAGAGCAUCGCUGGGCCUUCCAAUUCUGUGCGUGGCCGUCGCAGAAGGGGCGGCUUUUUUAGCGCGGGAAACCAUUCCGGAAGUUCCCUUGAAAACGCUUACGAGUAUGAUGGAAUAGCUACCCCUGCGAGAGCGAAUAGACCAUCGGGCGAUUACUCCACGGGGGACGAAACGGAAACACCGUUGCCAGCCAAGAGGCCAGGUUUCUUUUCCAGACUGAGGAAUUUUGGUUCGGGAAAUGGGAUACACGGGAGAUCACAAUCUGGAUGGACCAUAGAGAGUGUGGGUGACGGUGCUACCCCUACUGGUCCUCUCUCACCUGUACCAUAUUCUCCUGCUGUUGGUGGGGCUCCUGGUCAGGACGAAGAGCUCGAAGACACCGAUCACACAGCGGGAGCGAGAUCUGUCCGGUCAUCUACCCCCGAGGGGUCACGGACAGUCCCCGGAACACCACGGGCACCGCAUGGGCCUCGCAGGAGAGCUACAAUCACUAAUAUCCCGGAGGAAGCGGGUGCACAGAGUGAUCGUGGAUAUUCUUCACGGAGAGCUUCUUUCCGUAGAAUAGCCCAGUUCAGUCAUCGUCGGUCCCAUGAUGGCGGCGAGAGCUCGCCAACGACGCCUGUGUACGGUAGUGGGUGGAGGGCCAUAAAAGCCGGACUCAAGAUGAUGGGACCGCGGAAGAGGGAGGAAUCGAGGGUCGACCGUGAAAAGUCUGCGGAGCUCGUUGCAGAAUUGACGGCGGCAACACCGGCGGCCGUGAUCUUGGCUAGCAUGUUUCAGCGGGAUGAGCAUGGCAAUAAGCGUAUACCGAUUCUUCUGGAACAACUCAAGGUCAAGAUUGCAGAAUCAAAUCCCACGUCAAAAGGUGCUGGCAGGGCUCACACGGCCUUCCGUAUUGAACUGGAAUAUGGAUCGGGCCUAACAAGGAUGCAAUGGGUGAUCCACCGGGAGUUUAGAGACUUUGUUAAUUUACACUCGAGGUACCGUCUUGCGGAUAUAAGUAAUACAACGUUCGGGGGGAGGGACGCCUAUAAGCUCCCCAAGUUUCCGCGGUCGACAAUUCCUUAUCUCAGGGGUGUCCGAGGUCUCGGGAGCGAGGAUGAUAGCGAGUCGGAUAAUAGCGGGGCUGAGGGAAAUGCCGGACGCAGCGGGGGUGCUGCUGUCCAAAGGAAAAAGAGGAGACCGCGCGCAGCAAGACGCAUGUCAUCUAACUUUCUCGGGGAACAUGCUCCGCAAGGUAUCGCGACUGGUAUAGCUGCGGGUCUGGGAACACUGACUGCACCCAUCAGUGCCCCUGGAUCGCUGCCAAAUCCUAGGAGGGAGGGAUUUGCCAUUAGGCAGAGGCAGCAAUUGGAAGAUUAUUUGCGCUCGCUCAUUCGUAUCAUGAUCUUCAGACCCGACUCAAACCGACUGUGUAAAUUCCUGGAAUUGUCUGCCCUUGGCGUUAGGCUCGCGGCUGAAGGGAGCUAUCAUGGGAAGGAGGGGUAUUUGAUAAUUCGCUCUUCGAAAGGGAGUGAUUAUCGGAGAGUAUGGAAUCCGUCGGCAAUGGCUAAGCGACAUUCGCCAAAGUGGUUUUUGGUUAGGCAUAGUUACAUUGUUUGUGUCGACUCCCCCGAAGAGAUGAACAUUUACGAUGUGUUCUUGGUGGAUUCGAAAUUCAUGGUUAACGCGAAGAAAUCGCUGAGGAAAAAGCCACAAGACAUGGCGAUCGCGAAUGGCAAUCCAGCACGUCCCCAGCACCACUCGUUGGUUAUUCAGAAUUCUGAGAGAACGCUCAAGCUGUUGGCCAAGAAUGAGAGGCAGCUUAACCAAUUUACCGAGAGUAUCAAGUUCAUGAAAGACAGCACGGACUGGGCAAACCCGCAAAGGUUCGACGCAUUUGCCCCGGUACGAACCGGGGUGUUUGCACAGUGGCUGGUCGACGGACGCGAUUACAUGUGGAAUGUCAGUCGCGCGAUUAGUAUGGCCAAGGAUGUCAUUUAUAUUCACGAUUGGUGGCUGUCGCCGGAAUUAGUAAGAUUUCAUAGUUGCUUAUACAUCUAGUGGAUGUAAACUGAUUGGUUUAGUACCUUCGUCGUCCUGCCGCUGUGUCACAAAAAUGGCGGUUAGAUCGACUUCUUCAACGGAAAGCCCAGGAAGGUGUUAAGAUUUUCGUUAUCAUCUAUCGUAAUAUCGGGGCUGCUAUCCCGAUUGACUCCACCUACUCUAAAUACUCCCUUCUCGACCUUCAUCCUAAUGUCUUUGUUCAGCGCUCACCGAACCAGAUUCGACAGGCCACCUUCUUCUGGGCUCAUCAUGAGAAGAUUCUAAUUGUGGAUCAUAUGGUUGCCUUUUUGGGUGGCAUAGAUUUGUGCUUUGGUCGAUGGGACACACCCCAACACUCCUUGGUUGACGACAGACCGACUGGAUUCGAAGAGGGCAACAGCAAGGCAGACCCGGAUAAUUUCCAACUGUGGCCCGGGAAGGAUUACUCUAAUCCUAGGGUUCAGGAUUUCUAUGCGCUGGAUAAGCCUUAUGACGAGAUGUAUGAUCGGUCUAGGGUUCCGAGGAUGCCGUGGCAUGAUAUACAUAUGCAGGUGGUCGGACAGCCAGCCCGUGAUCUCACCAGGCACUUUGUUCAGAGGUGGAAUUAUCUCCUGCGUCAGAGGACACCUUCACGACCGACUCCCGUACUACUCCCACCGCCCGAUUUCACACAAGCCGAGCUUGAGUCUCUGGGGAUUGAUGGAACCUGCGAGGUACAGAUUCUCCGAUCGGCAUCUUCCUGGUCGCUUGGAACCCCGUCUACUACUGAGUGUAGUAUCAUGAAUGCUUACAUUAAAUCGAUUGAGCUUUCAGAGCAUUUUGUCUACAUUGAGAACCAGUUCUUUAUUACUUCUACCGAGUGGGAGGGAAGGAAGAUUGAGAACAAGAUUGGCGACGCCCUUGUCGAGAGAAUUGUUCGCGCGUAUAAAAACGACGAAGAUUGGAGGGCUAUCGUCAUCAUCCCUCUCAUGCCGGGCUUCCAGAACACUGUAGAUGCCCAGGACGGAACCAGUGUCCGAUUGAUCAUGCAGUGUCAGUACAGAAGUAUUUCUAGGGGUGAAUACUCGAUUUUUGGACGUUUAAGGGCGCAUGGGAUUGAACCCGAGGAAUUCAUCCAGUUCUUUGGUCUUAGGAAUUGGGGAAAAAUUGGACCCGAAAAGGCGCUUGUAACCGAACAGUUAUAUAUUCAUGCCAAGUGUAUGGUGGUAGAUGACCGUAUUGCUAUCAUCGGUUCCGCAAACAUCAACGAGAGGUCCAUGCUGGGGUACAGGGAUUCGGAAGUGGCUGCAAUUAUCAGAGAUACGGACACUGUCAUGUCGUCUAUGGCUGGGAAGCCUUUCAGGGUUGGAAAGUUCCCGCAUACGCUUCGGUUGAGGCUCAUGAGAGAGCAUCUGGGGAUAGAUGUCGAUGAGCUUAUGGCCUGUGAGCACAAUGUUGAGUCUGACCUCAAGGAUGAUGAAUGGGAAGAGCAGAUACAGGAAUGGUCUAACCAGGGUGGUGGUGUCGAUGAGAAAUCCCCACAACAGCAUCAGGGGAAGAAUAGCUCUAUUGCUAUGGCUACAUCUCAGUUGACGUUGGAAGAUCAGGCGGUGCUCCGGCAGGAGGAGUUGAGGAGUUUCAAUCACGAUGUUGACUGGGAGCAAGAGAACAAUCCCCACCUCAAGACUAGAAAACGAGGGACUACGGAUAAUAGGGUCACCGGAAAUCAGGAGCAUCGUAACGAUGUCAGGGGAUACGGGCCCGAUAAUAUGCAUGCAAACGCAGGAUGGGGGGUUCCUUCGACGGUAAACGAGAAGGCCUCUGGAGAGGUAAGAACGCCAGUUAACCCUCCGCCCGUCGCUGCCAGGUCCCCAACCUCGGCCAUUCCUAGACCGUCAGCCGAAGCGAAAUCUCCGACCGAGGGUAAUCGUCAAAAUAUCUCCCCUACAAAUCUGUCUAGUCCUGCUUCUUCCCACCCCAGGAAUUCUGCGAUAUCAUCGAGUAGGGCUUCGUCGCCGGACGGACCGGGGAAUGUGGGUUUGCCCCCUCCACCUGGACCCGGGAGAAUGAACUCUCUGGAGUUUGGGCAUUCCCAAUUAUCACAACUUCCACCUCUCCCCGUUACUAGCGACCAGGACAUUGGUGGACCUUUUGCCACUCGACCGGUUUCAAUACCUGGAGAUGGCCCCCCUAUUCCUCUCCUGGACACGAUGGAGAUGCCCAAGGUUGAGCCGGACAUGUUUAUGGACCCUUUGAACGAGAAUUUCUAUCAGGGCGUCUGGAACACAUGUGCGCAGAACAAUACCAAGAUCUAUCGACAGGUAUUUAGAUGUAUGCCAGAUAACGAGGUUAAAACCUGGGCGGCGUAUAAGGAAUACGCAGCAUAUGGCGAGCGAUUUUCUCAGAGCCAGGGUGUUGACAAGAGCAAGAUGCGAAGGCAGCAAGAGGCACCCGGGAAGUCUGGUCCGGCGGGGGCAGACUUGCCUUAUGUAGCAGCAGCUGCUAUGGCAGUCCCUGGAGAGAAAAUGGGCGCCCUUGGAGACAAGAUUGGGGAGAAGGUUGGUGCAGCUGUUCAUGGCUGCAAUCCCCAUCUCCCCCACGGAAAUAUAAAGGAUUGGACCAUACCCACCGUACAAAGCCAAGAUGAGCUGAACCGGGUCACGGGUGUUGAUCCCAUGGGGGAAAAGUCGGAACAUCUGCCUAUCGACCAAGGCAAUAGACCACGGAGUACUUCCCUCGCAUCGAGCAGGUUGAACACGGCGGCUACAACGGCCACGACAAGUAGCGCAGCAGGUGCACCAAAUUCGAGCCAUUCUCAUGAUUCCUCGGAAAAAAAGCUUGAUCCUAAUCUCUUGUCCAGUGGGGUUGGAAGUAUUAGCUAUAGCUCUAAUACAAAUCUGGGCAACGGAGGGUCAACUAAGAGGCGCAGAAGAGGCACGACCAGGAGUUCAAGGAGGGAGUUCCAUGCUAGUGAACCGUUGCUGGAGAAGGGCGUUGCCGAGCAAUUGUUGAAUAUGACCCAGGGGCAUUUAGUUGUCUGGCCUCACGAGUGGUAUGUUCUCUAUUAUCACCCGCGGUCGUUGACUAUUCUCUAACCGUCUCUUUGAACAGGCUAUCUCGGGAGGAGGAGGGUGGAAAUUGGCUUUAUAGCAUUGAUCAAUUGGCCCCUAUAGAGAUUUAGUAGGCCCCUUCCCUACCUUAUCUCGAUCUAUUGGAUGGACACUGACAAUCUAUAGCAAUUAAAUCAAGUUGACUCUUUGGGAUCGGAGUAUAGAGGGACUGCUUUCUUGUUCCCUCUCGGAUGGAUACCUGUAGUCAUAAUAGAAACGCUUUCUUUCUUUCCACCAUUUCUCGCAGGCGCGGUUAUUUUAUUUCGGACAAUGAAUGUAGAGGGUCUUUCCUUUUCCCUUCCGAAAGUCAGAAGGAAAAAAAGUUUAUUUUUGCUCUUUCCCGCAUGGUAUGAUAUCCGGAGUUUUCCUUUUUUCUUUCUUGGUUCCUUCUCGCAGUACGGUACCUGUAUUCAUACAUUGAAUCAUUUCUUUUGUAAAACCUACUCGAGUACUAUUUGUAUCACACGGGCAUAGUUUGGAUUUGUUUAUUUUGUUUUAUUUUAUUUUAUUUCUCCUUUUCCCUUUCGUUUUCACUUUUCCUUUUCCUUAAUGCUCCUCGAGCGGAAUCGUUGCUGUGCCAUUGCAAUGCGAUAGGUUACUCGAGUAUCGUAUAGUGUGGCACAUACAAGUAAGAAUAAGAAGGAUCGUAAAAUGAUCUUUUGGGAGAAAAGUGUUCUUUUUCUGGGCAAAUACCGCUCGUAAGGGGCUGACGCCAGAAAAUAUGAGCAGAGUACGAGUAUCAUGAACCUUUUCCACUAAAGGCAGCCAUGUUCAAGACCUUCCAAUCUCUGAUCUAGUGACAUCGGUGUUGGUGCAUCUUCAGGUGGGUUUGUAUCCGUAGAGGAAAUGACAUAGCUUGGCUAACGUCGGUUGAUCGGGGUUUUUUUCAACUUGCAGAAGAACACUGCUCGAAGGGGAAAGCGAUGGAUCCGGAAUUGGUAUGAAUUGUCCUUGAAAGGUAUCCUUCGCGGCCUGGAGAGCACGGUUUUCCUAUUCAUCCUGCCGGUGCUUGGGGCAGCAUGGUCUAUAACCGACCAACAAGAACGGACCUGAGUUCCGCCACCACCGCGCAGUCCUCACUUCGGAUCGAACCUCUCUUCUUCGCCACUUUCUUGCACAAUGCAUGCUCACCUUGCCUGCGUGUUAUUGCGGUAUCUGGGUACCGGUGCUUGCACUCGGGCACUCGUGCGAGUUUUUAUUUAUGAUACCGCUAAUGCGAAUGG